AUGCAUCACGCGUUACUCUCGUUUCUGGGCCUUGCUCCAGCAAUUCUGGCCCUCCCAAGCGUCUUUCCGCCUGUGCAAGUUGGACAGUCCGUCAUUCCCCCGGACACGCUUUAUUACUACCGGUAUAACCGUAUCCCUCUGAGUCUCUACGGCAACGAGUUGAUGACCGAGACUUUCCGACACUCCGAAGCAAUGAUGUCAAACAUGAUCAAGGACUUCACCUGCAUUGCGAACGAUAAGAGUAUCUGCCCAUCGGAACGUUGGUACUGCAACUCGGAGAAGAACAAGUGCAUGCAGAAGGCUCUCAUUGGAGAGACCUGCCGCUCCGACGAUGCUUGUUUCUCUGGCUAUUGCCGGUCCCGCUGCAGUAUCAGGCCCGGCCAUUUUGGCGCUGGCUGCACCGACGACAACCAGUGCAGUUCGGGCUUGGUGUGCCGUCGCGAUUCACACCACCAGAACGAGUUACGCUGUCUUGAUCGAUCGGAUAACGGGUAUGGACUCGCUUUUAUAUGCCUCGAUGCGUGGCGACAGCUUGAGGUGCCGUUCUUUCAGACGGUAACAGGAGCCCUGCUCAACGCUCCUUUUCUUCGCGAGAGUCCCUCGAAUAUGGAAGGCUUCGGAGAAGCCUGCGAAGUGAUAUGGCUUGUUCCAGAGUGA